AUGGCAUUCUCAUUCUCCUCUUCAUCACUUCAAUUCCAUUUUCUGCUCGCAUUUCCAGUAGAUAUGCGCCCUCGCCCUCGCUCUCGCCCUCUCCCUCUCCCUCUCCCUCUCAUAUCGAAGCUCCCAUUUUUCACGAAUAAGAAACCAUAUCGAUUCCGUUGCCAUUCAAGCAGUAAUUCUAACGAGGAUUAUUUGUUGGAUGCUCCUGUUUCAGUUGGAGAUGGGUUUUCUUUCAGUGGAGGGAAGUAUUCUGAUGAACCGAGCCCAGCUGAUGAAUGGUUCAAGCAAGGAAUGAUAAUGAAAGCCCAUCCUGUUGGUGGUACUGGAGAGAAAGCAAAGGAUCCAAUCUUCGGACUUGCAAUGGGUGGUUCUUCACAGGCCACAUCUGAUCUUUUUAGAUGGUUUUGUGUAGAAAGCGGAAGUCCUGAAAAUCCACCAGUCAUACUGAUUCAUGGUUUCCCUUCUCAGGCUUAUUCUUAUCGCAAAGUUCUACCAAUUCUCUCAAAGAGUUAUCACGCUGUAGCUUUUGAUUGGCUAGGAUUUGGAUUUUCAGAUAAACCACAACCGAAAUAUGGCUUUGACUACACUUUGAAUGAAUAUGUGUCAUCCUUGGAAUCUGUUAUCAAUGAACUCUCAAAAGAUAAGGUUACUCUUGUUGUCCAGGGAUACUUUUCCCCAGUUGUGGUCAAAUAUGCUAGCAAUCACCAGGAAAAGCUUAACAAUCUCAUUCUUCUAAAUCCACCGCUGACUGUAAAACAUGCCAACCUGCCCUCAACACUAUCUAUAUUCAGCAACUUUUUAUUGGGGGAGAUUUUUUCUCAGGAUCCUUUAAGAGCAAGUGAUAAAGCCUUGUUAAGCGGCGGUCCUUACAAAAUGAAGGAAGAAGUUGCAAUGGUUUACAGAAGACCUUAUCUCACAUCUGGUUCGGCUGGAUUUGCACUGAAUGCAAUCAGUAGAGCAAUGAAAAAGGAACUUAAGACGUACGUUGAAGAGAUGAGGAAGAUACUAAUGGAUGAAAAUUGGAAAGUUCAAACAACUAUAUGCUGGGGCGAAAGAGACCGCUGGUUAAGCUAUGAUGGGGUGGAAGAUUUCUGCAAAGAAUCCAAUCAUCGGUUAAUCAGUCUUCCCACGGCAGGACAUCAUGUGCAGGAAGAUUGCAGUGAAGAAAUAGGAAAACUCAUUGCUACAAUUGUAAGCAAAAGAAAAAGUAUUUAA